GUGGGGACACGGGGACAGCACGGGGGUGGCCGUCCGUGACACGCUGCGGGCGGUGGCCGCGCGCUGGGGGACGUCGCUGGCGGCCGAGGACACGAUGGACGAUGGCACCCCGAUCCGGCUGCGCGUGACACUGCGGCCACGCGAGGGCAGCGCCGUGUUCGAUUUCGGGGGGACGGGACCCCAAGUUCUGGGGAACUGCAACGCCCCCCGCGCCAUCACCCUGUCAGCGCUGAUCUACUGCCUGCGGUGCCUGGUGGGGCACGACAGCCCCCUCAACCAGGUGGGCCCCCAAAACACCCCAAAACCCCCCUGUCAGCGCUGAUCUACUGCCUGCGCUGCCUGGUGGGGCACGACAUCCCCCUCAAC